ACAAAACUCAGUUAACUUGAAUAAAUAUAAAGAGGCUUUUGAAUAAACAAAUCACAGCAAGCUAUUUUUCUGCAUUACAAAUGAUUUGUUCUCCAUCAGCAUGCAACCUUUUUCAACGAUUAUUACGAAUUAUUACUUUUAGUGCACAAUAUAUAAGCCUAAUUUACAUUAGAUUGGAAAAAUGGGUACAUUUAACACUGUAAAUUACAGAUAGUGUGAAUUUUGAUCUAUCAAACAAUAGUAGACACGAAAAUUACCCUAUUUAAGUGCACCUUAGUUCGGUGUUUUCGUUUAGUUUGUACCCAACAUGGAACUCUUCAAGUCUCUUGUGCUUUUGCUACUGCUAGUCCUGCCCCAAUGUUACUUCGAGGCAGUCGGAUAUACCCACCAGCAUGCUGGCUUCGCUCAACGACUGCAGAUAAAGCCAGCCUGCUUGCAGGUGCCCCAGAAAUACACCGAAGCUCCAACUCCAACACCAUCCAUAAUCUUUUCUUCGCUGGAGGAGGUCAGCAGAGCAAAGACAGAUUAA